GGGGAACUCAUAAAAGCUGGUGAACGGGCAGCCCCACGUGGUGCAAGGACAUACCGAGCACAUUGUGUGGUGUGUUGGUCAGCAGGUGUAGUUUGCUAGCAGCUAAGCUAGCCUUAGACACUGCCAGAAAUCAGUGCCUAUGGCUUCGUGGCUGUUCUUUGGUUUCGUCGUUCUGCUGCUUGGGUGGUCAACUGCAAAAUGCAGUAGUGUUCCUGACGGAGUCGUUCACAUGGAGUGUCAUGAUCGUUACUUCGUGAUAGCUGUUGAUUCCUCCUUCACUGGGGGCGAACCUCACUUUGAUGCUGUUGAUGAAACGGGCAUUUACCCCAUCACGCCUCGGUACGCAGCCAAGUGCGGUUACACAAUGGUCCCUCUGUCAGACCACGUGGAGCUCAGAGCCUCGUACUUCAGCUGUCACACCGACAACCAAGACGAUACUUUGUUCACCUUCAACUUUAAUAUGAUUGUGACGCAUGAAGAAAAGGAAGUUGCGUAUGAACUGAACAGCACCUGCUCUCCUUCUCUCUCCUGGUCUCCCAGGGAGGUGACCUGUGAGCUUAACUACAUGGAGGUGUCUGUGAGGAGUGAGGUCAGCUGUCCGUCUGGGACCAUGAAGGAUGACUGGAAUGCUCUGAAAACCGCGUAUAGCUCCACCACUUCAGACUGGCAGGUGAUGUUUCACAGAGCAGAGGAACAGUUGCAGCCCAUGAGCCUCUCUGAAGCUCGUAAGCAGGACUACGUGUUUGAGGUGACUGGUGGAAGACUUGUGUUUCGGACGCCGUAUGGACAGCGCAACUCAGUCCUAACAGAGGUGAAUGAUGUUCCAGUGGAGAUGGUCCACGCAACGCUGUUCUCCAGGCAGAGCUGGGUCGUCCUCAUGGUCGACAUGGUGGCUGCCUGCUCCAAGUUCAACGGCUCUUCUGACGACGCCGGACAUGUGGUGUGGAAGACUCCCGAGGCGCUCUACGCCAGCCUUGACACUACACAGCUCAACAUCGGACUCGGUGGUGAACGUGUCUCGCAGCCAGUUGCUACUGAGCGAGGUUAUGUUCUAGAGAUGCACAACGGCAUCAUCCAGAUCAGCAUCCCUACCUCAUCAGAGGGGGGGAGGAGGAAGAGCUUUGUGAGGGACAACCUCUACGAGUUCUACACCUUUGACUUCUACUUGGAGCAAAUCUUGGAGGAUGAGGAUCGUGUCGAGACCAGGCUCUGGUCGCACAGGAUGCUGACCACUCCCUUGCUGCCGCUUCCACUUCCUGUAGUUGCAGAAAACCAAACGGACCCCGAGAAACGAGCAUUCAGCGUUUACCUCGGGGACCUUCCUGAAGAUGUGGAGCUCAUGGCUGUUCAGAUAAAUGGACAUGAGUUAACGAUGCCAACUUCUAAUACUAGCACCUACACGAUCACUAGAGUUGUUCAUCCCAACAGCACUCAUGGCUACAGCCUGAAGGUGCCUUUUAAUGACCCUGUUGUCAUAUACGAGUUCUCCAAAGAAGAUGCAGUAUAUCGGUGUGAGCUGGGCCUCAACUUCACAUUGAUCGUUUUGCCUGAAAAGAAGUCUUUUUAUCACUUUGAAACCAUUGUCACGUUUCUCACGGAUAUCUCUCCUCCAGUGUUUGACGCCUUCUGUUCUGACUCUGGGAUCAGCUUCAAACUGGACCAUCAGCCUCUGGACUACCUGUGGGAGAUCAGCGUGGGUUCUGACCCGCUGACCUCAGACCUGGCAGCUCGGCACGGAUACGUCAUGAGCAACGACAGCCAGAGUCUGCAGCUCCAUGCGCCGCUGUUCACACCCGGAUACAGGUACAAGAACAUUACUCUGAAAGGGUUCUUGGGCACGUUUGAGAUCCUUGUUCAGAAUCGUAUAACAUCAGAGCUCCAGAGUUCGACUGUCAAGACUUGUUCUUUUAACACCACUGGGGAAUUAAUUGUGUGUUCGACUGAUGGGAGGAUGGUCGUGGUGGCCAAUCUGUCUCAAGCCGUCCCAAGUGGAGGGAUCCCUGCCAGAACCAGCCUCAGAAAUAGAAACUGUGGGCCCAAAGAUGCAGACGACACCAUGGCGCUGUUCUCUUUUCCACUAAAUGUCUGUGGAUCCAGCAUUAAGAUUGGAAAGGGAAAUGUCACUUAUCAAAAUGAGAUUUCCUACAACAAGAAGUAUGUCGAUAACAAUGAUUCGGUUGUGGCAGAAGCUCCACAGAGGGUGAUCGUCCAGUGCACGUAUCACCUGGCUGGUCUCCAUCGCCUCUUCUCAGCCUUCAGGUUCGAGUCGGACACAGCUGGUGCGGGCGCGAUUGUUCGCACGGCGCGAACGGACGCAGACGUGCAGAGCUCCACCACCACCACCGCUGCUGUACAAACCACACCUGCUGCAUACGGACCUAGAAUCCCCAGGAUGCUCCUGCGCGCGUUCCCUCCCCGCCAGAACCUCGGGCAUUCUAGGGUCCAACUAAACAUGAUUUAAAGGUGAAGACCGGAACAUUUCAUAUUCAAAGGGUUAUUUCUUGUUAAUUUGUUUAAUGUAUUAAAACAUUUAUAUUUGUAAUUUAUUAAAUAGCUGUGACCUUUAAUAAAGAUGUUUCUAAAAAGUG